GUCUAUAGGUUAUUAUUCUCAGAAAAAUAGUUUCUUUUCUGCUCAUUGACCACAAACUAAUCAUGGAUCUUAUCGCCAAGGCGCUGCAGACUGCUUUUUGGUUUUUUGUAAAUGGCGAACGUGAUGAAGGCGUAGACAGAGCAGGUAUAAAUAAUCUGCUCUCAGCCAGCACUUCACAACAACUUCAAGGACUUCUGCUUUUCAGCCAACGAACAACAAGUAUGGAGAUGAUGAUGUUUGUGCUGGUGUCUGCUGUGGCCAUGCUGAUCAAUCCAUAUGCUGCAAAUCCUGUUUCUAACCACAACCUAAACCGUAUCGUUGAACUCGUUGAGGAAUACAAGAAAGAUCUGAAUGAGAGGUUCUUUGUGGAGGAUGUGACACACUUGGUUGAAUCUGGAUGUGGGAAUAACUUCUUCUGCAAAGUGCAUGACAUCCUACAAAAGCAUGCCAAAAAUGAAAACGAGAGAGAUAUUGUGAGAAACCUGGGAAUAUUCAUUAAGGAAUCAGAUAUGAACUGCAAAGAAGUACUAAAGAAAGUACGGCCGUCAGAAAAAGAACAGCCACUACCUGGUUUGCUGGAAAACCUCACCAGAUGUAUCAGGUAUCGACCUAAAAUGGAUUCCACAGACAAGUCUUUUUCAGACUUUUACUUUUGUUUCAAGAAAAUACCAUGUUAGAGAGAGAUUUGAACUGUCUGAUAUGUGAUAACUUGAAUGUUUUUCAUAAUUCAUAGUGUACUGAUUAGCCUAUUUAUUUGCCAAGCAAGUUUCUGAUUCAAUUCUGGCCAGAAAUACAACUUCCUUUUUGGAAAACAACAAAAAGAACAAUGGUUGUGAAACUGGAUAUUUGUUUUAGCUUAUAGUAUAGUUUGGUAAGCUAUUAGUGUUUUUCUUUUCUUUUUUAUGCCAUUAUCAUCCUUUUAGACAAGUGACCUGUCCAAGAUGUACCCUGCCUCUUGCCCUAUGGCAGCUGGGAUAGGCUCCAGCCCCCUAUGACCCUUAAGCUAAAGAGAUAAAUGGAUCGAUAUAUUCAAUUAAUUUACAAAGAUUUAUUUUGGCUUAACUAUGUCUAAACUGGAAAAGCAGAAUUAUAUCUUAGUUGUCUUUGAUGAUUACAACAGUUAUGAAAGCAAUUUCAUAUGUUAUUGUACAAAUACAUAUUUACUUAAGAAAAAAAGGUAAU